CCCUCUCCCCGCAGGGCAUGAGCGGAGGCGCCGGGGGCUCGGAGCGGCCCGAGGAGCUGCAGCGGUUCCCCCCACCCGGCAAGUCCCUCCCCCUCUCGGCUCUGCGGCAGAACGGGCUCCUGCAGGCGCUGGUGCAGGGAGCGGAGCCGCCCGCGGGUGAUGAGAUCAGUGAGGAGCUGCAGCGAGCGCGGGAGGAAUGGGAGGCUGUGGAGGAGAUCCAGUCAGGGCUCGGGGGGACACCGGCGGUGCCCACAGCCCCCAUCUCCUUCCGGGAAGCGCUGCGGUUCUUCGAGACCUCCGAGCUGGGCGAGUGCAGGAGGAACCUGCGCCCACCCCGGCGCAGGCAGGGCCUGGCCGCUCUGCUCCGCUUCCUCUUCGGGCCCCCCCGGCUCCAGCCGCAGCUGCGGGGGGAGCAGGAGCUGGCCCUGGCCAUGGCCCAGUGUGCCUUGGAUGACAACGAGAGCGUGCACAUGAGGAUCCUGCAGACCAUCUACAGGAAACUCACCCGCUCCCACCUGGGCUGCCCACGCUAUGGAGCGCACUGGGAAGAGCUUGGGUUUCAAGGCACAGACCCCGGGACAGACCUGCGAGGCACAGGGAUGCUGGCCUUGAUGCAGCUGCUCUUCUUCGUCAUGGACCCUCAGAUGCUGCCUCUGGCUCUGGACAUCUUCAAACUGUCCCAGCACGAAACCCAGGAAUUCCCCUUUGGCAUCAUGUCCGUGAACAUCACCCGCAUCGUCCUGCAGGCCCUGCGGGAGGAGCGGCUCUCCCGGGAGUGCAACCGCCGGCAGCAGGUCAUUGCUGUGCUCAACGACCUCUAUGCAGCCGCCUUCCUGCGGCUCUACUGCGUCUGGAAGGGGCAGCACAAGACCAUCGCCGACUCCUGCUUCCUCCUGAAGGAGCUGGAGUUAUCCACCAAAAGGAAGCCGAAGCAGCUCCUGAAGUCCCUGGAAGCCUUCGUGAACCGUGGCCCCACAGCCGAGGGUCCUGACCCCGCAUCCCCUCCAUCCCCAUCCAGCCGGGAGCUCAGCUUCACCGGUGUGUGUGACCUGGAGGGUGAGCCCCGGCUCGGCUGAAACACCAGGAGAGGAUCCAUAGGGAGAGCCUG